AGAUAGAGAGAGACCAUGUUCCGCUGCGUCGUGCAGCGCGCUUGCAGCCUGCCCGCCUUGGAGAAGGGCGACAAGCGCAGCGACCCGGUGGCAAGCGUCACCUUCCGAGGGGUGAAGAAGAGAACCAAGGUCAUCAAGAACAACGUCAACCCUGUGUGGAACGAGGGUUUUGAGUGGGACCUGAAAGGAAUUCCAUUAGAUCAGAAUGCGGAGCUCCAUGUCGUCGUCAAAGACCAUGAGAAGAUGGGCAGAAACAGGUUCCUGGGCGAAGCUCAUGUGUCCCUGCGAGACGUCCUGGCAUCUCCCAACCUGGCGGCCAGCUUCAGCGCUCCCUUGCUGGACACCAAGGGGCAGAGCACCGGGGCGUGUCUCAUCCUGCAAGCCUCCUAUGUCCCGCCUCCUGGGGCUGCUCCUUUGUUUCCGCCUCCUGCCCCCCCGGAGCCAAAUCCAACCCCCGUUGAGCUGGACAUGGUGACAGAUACAGCCGGCGAGGAAGAGUCUGAAGACCCCCUUGGGACGGGCGACGAAGCUGAUCCUUCCACGGGACCCUCGGCGCCGGAUCAAGUCUCCCUGCCCAAGAAGCCCCCUUCGCACGUGGUCCACGGGAUCAAGAGGAGGAGAGGCGCCUCCAAAAAGCUCCUGUCCAACAAGCCGCAAGACUUCCAGAUCCGGGUGCGAGUCAUCGAAGGCCGGCAGCUUCCUGGAGUCAACAUCAAGUCUGUGGUGAAGGUCACGGCUGCCGGGCAGACCAAGAGGACCAGGAUUCGCAAAGGGAACUGCCCCGUCUUUGAUGAGACCAUUUUCUUCAAUGUCUUUGAAUCCCCGAUGGAGCUGUUCGAUGAGCCCAUAUUCAUCACAGUCGUUGACUCUCGCUCUCUCCGGACGGAUUCUGUCCUUGGAGAAUUCCGGGUGGAUGUUGGGACAAUUUAUGCCGAACCCAGACACGCCUUCCUCCGAAAGUGGCUCCUCCUUUCCGAUCCGGAGGAUUUUUCAGCAGGGGCUAAAGGCUACCUGAAGGUCAGCUUGCACGUCCUGGGCCCUGGCGACGAAGCGCCUGUGGAGAGGAAGGAAACAGCCGAAGAGAAGGAGGACAUCGAAGGAAACGUCCUCAGGGCGACGGGGGUCUCUCUGAGAGGGGCCCAUUUCUCCCUCAAGGUGUACCGAGCGGAGGACCUGCCCCAGAUGGACGAUGCCGUCCUGGACAGCGUCAAGCAGAUCUUUGGCUUUGAGAGCAGCAAGAAGAACUUGGUGGAUCCUUUUGUGGAAGUGAACUUUGCCGGGAAAAUGCUGUGCAGCAAGAUAGUGGAGAGGAACGCCAACCCCCAGUGGAACCAGAGCAUCACUCUGCCGGCCAUGUUUCCAUCCAUGUGUGAGAGGAUGAGGAUCCGGGUGGUGGACUGGGACCGGGUCACUCACAACGACAUCAUUGGCACGAUCCAUCUCUGCAUGUCCAAGAUCUCAGCUCCUGGAGGGGAACUGGAAGAGGAGUUUCCUGUCCCUGUGAAACCUUUCAAAGCUACCAACAUGGACGAUGCGCUGGGUUUCCUGCCCACCUUUGGCCCCUGUUACGUCAACCUGUACGGCAGCGCCAGGGAGUUCACAGGAUUUCCGGAUCCCUACGAGGAGCUCAACCUGGGAAAGGGAGAAGGGGUGGCUUAUCGCGGCCGGUUGCUGGUGGAGCUGGAGACCAAGUUGGUGGACCACGUGGAGCAGAAGGUCGGGGACAUCCCUCCUGAUGACAUCCUGCUGGUGGAGAAGUACCUUCGCCGGAGGAAAUACAAUCUCUUUGCCGCCUUCUACUCGGCCACCAUGUUGCAGAACGUGGACGACGCCAUCCAGUUCGAGGUCAGCAUGGGCAAUUAUGGCAACAAGUUUGACAGCACCUGCCUCCCUCUGGCUUCCACCACCCAGUACAGCCGGGCCGUGUUUGACGGCUGUCAGUAUUACUACCUGCCGUGGGGCAACGUGAAGCCGGUGGUCGUCCUCUCCUCCUACUGGGAAGACAUCAGCCACAGGACGGAUGUGCAGAACCGCCUCUGUGGCGCCGCAGACCGGCUGGAAGAGAACUUGGCGCUGGUCCAGCUGGCCAUCAAAGCCAAGUGCUCCGUGGGCGACCUGGACACCCUUGUCGCUCGGCUGAUCGAUGAGGUCAUCGUGGACUGCAGCCAGCCGCUGGUGGACGUCACCCAGAAGCCAACCAGCACCCACCUGGACAAGUUCCUGUAUCGCUUCCGCAGCACCAAUCUCAACCAGAUUGUCGAGGCAGCUCUGAGGUUGAAGAACGAAGACUCUGACCUGCAGGUGGUGCUGGACCAGGCGGAAGACUGGCUCUCCAGGCUGAAAUCCAUGGCGGAGGAGCCUCAGAACAGCCUGCCAGACGUGGUAAUCUGGAUGCUGCAGGGCGACCGUCGUGUGGCUUAUGCCCGGGUGCCGGCCCAUGAGGUCCUCUUUUCCCGGAGCGGGGCCAGUUGCUGCGGCAAAAACUGCGGGAAGCUCCAGACCAUUUUCUUGAAGUGUCCCCAGGGAGAAGUUAUGGGGCCCAGGAUCCCGGCCCAGAUCCGGGUGCAACUGUGGCUGGGGAUGGCCGUGGACGAGAAGGAAUUCAACCAGUCGGCCGAGGGGAGGCUCUCGGUCUUCGCUGAAACGUAUGAAAACCAGACCAAGCUGGCAUUGGUCGGCAACUGGGGUACCACCGGCUUGACCUACCCCAAAUACUCGGACGUCACCGGGAAGAUUAAGCUGCCAAAGGACAGCUUCAGACCUUCCACUGGCUGGGCCUGGGCUGGAGACUGGUUUGUCAGCCCCGAGAAGACGCUGCUGUACGAUGUGGAUGCCGGGCACAUGAGCUUCGUGGAGGAAGUCUUCGAGAAUCAAGUGCGCCUUCCGGGUGGUCAGUGGAUCCACAUGGCGGAGGCCUACACCGACGUGAAUGGGGAGAAAGUCCUGUCUAAGGAUGAGAUCGACUGUCCGGUGGGAUGGAAAUGGGAAGACGUGGAAUGGGACACGGAUCUCAACAGAGCGGUCGAUGAGAGAGGGUGGGAAUACGGCUUGACCAUCCCGCCAGACCACAGGCCAAAGUCCUGGGUGCCAGCAGAGAAAAUGUACCACACGAACCGGCGCAGGCGAUGGGUGAGGCUUCGCAGGAGGGACCUGGCGCAGAGGGAAGCUGUGAAGAAGUAUAAACAGGAGGAGCUGGAAGGAGAAGGCUGGGAAUAUGCCUCGCUCUUUGGCUGGAAGUUCCACAGGAAGUACCGCAAGACCGACGCCUUCCGCCGGCAGCGCUGGAGACGUCGGAUGGAGCCCCUCGAGCAAACGGGCGCUGCGGCCGUCUUUGCCCUGGAAGGGGCCCUGGGCGGAGUGACGGACGACAAGAGUGACGAUGGCAAAUCGGUGUCGACCUUCAACUUUGGCGUGAACCGUCCCACAAUCUCCUGCAUUUUUGACUAUGGGAACAGGUACCACCUGCGAUGUUACAUCUAUCAAGCGAGGGAUCUGAUUGCCAUGGAUAAGGACAGCUUUUCAGACCCCUACGCCACCGUCUCCUUCUUACACCAGAGCCAGAAGACGGUGGGCCAGAACACGUUGAACCCCACCUGGGACCAGACCCUGAUCUAUGAGAUCGAGAUCCAUGGAGCCCCCCAGAACAUUGCCGUCCCUCCCAACAUCGUGGUUGAAAUCUACGACCACGACACCUAUGGUGCCGACGAGUUCAUGGGGCGCUGCAUUUGCAAGCCGAGCCUGGACCGCAAGCCGAGGCUGUCGUGGUACCCCGUCUCGAGGGGCAGCCGGGGCACCGGAGAGCUGCUGGCUGCCUUUGAGCUCAUCCAGCGUGAAAGGCAGUGGCGGAGGAAGCCUCUGUGCCUCUCGGGGCUGCGUCGUGGAGCACCCCCUGGGGGUGGGGCAUUGCGAUGUCACAACGCAUGUCGGGACGGGCUGCGCAUGCAUGGAAAUGGCGCGUAUGCGCAAGUCCAUCCAGCCUGGCACCGCUGCUCCCACGGCGACCGGGUGACCGCUGAGCGGGCGGCGGGGCGUGGGGCUGCCCCGUCUCCGUGGGCCAAUGCUUGCUCGGCGGCUCGCUCGGUCGCCGUGGGAGCAGCGGGCACCGACUCGGAUGCAUCACGCCCGGCGCUGCUGCUCCCGCAGCGACUGGGGGAGCCACUGGGGGACAUCUCUCUCGGAGAGCUGAGCCAAGGAGCCAAGAGUGCAAAGUGUCUCUGUGUUUAUCUCGCUGUGCAGCAGGCAAGGAGUGUGCUGUGCCGGGCUGAGGGAAGACACGUCCCGAGUCCCUUCAGCGUGACGGAGGAGAGGCUGCUCUGUCCGUGGGCAGCCUCUGCCAGCUGGCACGGCUGGUCUUUGCUUUUUGCUUCCUUCCCACAGCCGGCCAUCCACCACAUCCCCGGCUUUGAGACCGAGCUGUCGUCCGUCUUCGACGAGUCUGAAGAUUCGGACCUGCCGUACCCUCCACCCCAGAGAGAGCCCAACAUCUUCAUGGUCCCUCAGGGGAUCAAGCCCGUCCUUCAGCGUACAGCCAUUGAGAUAUUGGCCUGGGGGCUCCGGAAUCUGAAAAGCUACCAGCUGGCCAGUGUGACGUCUCCCAGUCUCCUGGUGGAGUGCGGAGGGCAGAUGGUUCAGUCGUGCGUCAUCAAGAAUCUCAAGAAGAACCCCAACUUUGAUAUCUCUGUCCUCUUCAUGGAAGUGAACUUGCCAAGGGAAGAUCUGUACUGUCCCCCCAUCAUCAUCAAAGUGAUUGACAACAGGCCCUUUGGCCGGAAGCCGGUAGUGGGGCAGUGCACCAUCCGCUCUCUGGAAGCAUUUUUCUGCGAUCCCUACAAGGAGGAAAUCGUGUUCCCUGAAAUGCAUGCAGAUGACGUGAGCCUCACUCCAAGGGAUGAUGUCCUCAUUGAUAUUGAUGACAAAGAACCUCUCAUUCCAGUCCAGCCUGAGGACGGCAUGACCAGCUCAGCUUUCAUUAACGCGCAAACUUCUCGGGCCGACCUCCAUGAAGAAGAGUUCAUCGAUUGGUGGAGCAAGUUCUACGCUUCCACGGGCGACCGGGAAAAGUGCGGCACAUACCUGGAAAAGGGUUUUGACACGCUAAAGGUCUAUGAAACGGAGUUGGAGAACAUAGCAGACUUUGGGGGUCUCUCGGAUUUCUGCAACACCUUUAAGCUGUACCGUGGCAAGACUCAGGAUUCCAAUGAAGACCCGACCGUCGUGGGGGAAUUCAAGGGCGCCUUCAAGAUCUACCCUCUGCCGGAUGACCCCUCGGUGGCAGUGCCUCCUCGCCAGUUCCACCAGCUUCCAGCCAGAGGCCCCCAGGAAUGCCUCGUCCGCGUUUACAUCAUCCGGGCCUUUGAUCUGCAGCCAAAGGACUCAAACGGAAAGUGUGACCCUUAUGUCAAGAUAUCUGUGGGGAAGAAAUCCAUCAAUGACCAGGACAAUUACCUGCCCUGCACGCUGGAGCCCGUCUUUGGAAAGAUGUUUGAGCUGACGUGUAUUCUGCCCCUGGAGAAAGAUCUGAAGGUCACCCUCUACGACUACGACCUCUUGUCCAAAGACGAGAAAAUCGGGGAAACCACCCUGGACCUCGAGAACCGGUUCCUUUCCAGAUUUGGGUCCCGCUGCGGCCUGCCUCAGACUUACUGCAUUUCUGGUCCCAACCAAUGGAGAGAUCAACUCCGUCCUUCUCAGCUGCUCCACCACUUUGCUCUGCAACGCAACUGGAAGCCUCCUGUCUACACACCUGACCGGAUCAUCUUCCGAGAUCAGACCUACCGUCUCCCGGACCUUGAGGAUGGCAAGCCCCCCAACUCGCACCUGGGUCCCCUGGAGGAGAGGCUCGCCUUGUAUGCCCUGCAGAAGCAAGGCCUGGUCCCGGAGCACGUGGAGACGAGGCGGCUGUACAGCCCCCUGCAACCGGACAUUGAGCAGGGAAAACUCCAGAUGUGGGUCGAUGUGUUUCCCAAAUCCCUGGGGCCCCCGGGGCCCCCGUUCAACGUGACCCCACGGAAAGCAAAGAGGUUCUACCUGCGCUGCAUUAUCUGGAACGCCAAAGACGUGAUCCUGGACGACCUCAGCAUCACGGGGGAAAAGAUGAGUGACAUCUACGUCAAAGGGUGGCUUGCCGGUUAUGAAGAGAACAAGCAGAAGACGGACGUCCAUUACCGGUCGAUGGGAGGUGAAGGGAAUUUCAACUGGAGGUUUGUCUUCCCUUUUGACUACCUCCCUGCCGAGCAGGUCUGCUAUGUCUCCAGGAAGGAGCAUUUCUGGAGCCUUGACAAGACAGAGAACAAAGUUCGUCCGCAGCUGGUCCUUCAGAUCUGGGACAACGACAAGUUUUCUUUUGAUGACUACUUGGGUUCCAUCCAGCUGGAUCUCAACUGCAUGCUGAAGCCAGUCAAGACAGCUGAGAAGUGCACAGUGGACCUCCUUGACGCCACAGAGAGGGUGGUCUCGCUCUUCGAGCAGAAGACAGUGAAGGGCUGGUGGCCGUGCGUGGCAGAGGAGAAUGGGGAGAAGACCAUCGGAGGAAAGUUGGAAAUGACCCUGGAGAUCAUCAACGAGCAAGAGCAUGAAGAAAGGCCGGCUGGGUUGGGCCGAGAUGAGCCGAACAUGAAUCCCAAGCUGGAAGACCCAAAGCGUCCAGAGACCUCCUUCCUGUGGUUUACCUCCCCCUACAAGACUCUGAAGUAUAUCCUGUGGAGACGGUUCAAGUGGGUCUUCCUCGUCUUCCUCUUAAUCCUCAUUGUGCUGCUCUUCCUGGGGAUCUUCAUCUAUGCCUUCCCGAACUACGCUGCCAUGAAACUGGUGAAGCCCUUCAGCUGAAUGUGGGCCAGGGAGGAGAAAGAGCUGCUGGGAAGGAGCCGGAGAACCCGCUGAGAUCCGCGGAUGGUGGCACCUUUCGAAAGGCAUGGCCCAACCUCUGCCACGCUGUGCAAAGGGGGAAAGGGAUUGGCGGUGCAGAAACUGCACUCUUACACACACACACACACACACACACACACACACACACACAACCCCCCUCCCCACUUCUCCAACCCUGCGACUGCUGCUCAGGUGACUGAACUGGUAUACCAAAGCUGGCCUUUCCCCCAACCCUCUGCGGGCUUGUUUUCUGUAUAGAGAAGCUGAAAGAGCCCCCGUGAGACCUCCCUCGGACACCGGGACAAGAAGAUGCUCGCUUCUUGCCCAACGGUAGCCAGCCCAUGAGGAGAGCUGGAUCCCCGCAUGCGACUUCCUCUUCCGGCAUCGGCAAGGUGCACGAAGCCUCUUGGAAACGGGAAAAGCAUGGUCCGGUGGGUUUUUAGGAUCCGGACCCCGGAAUCCUCCACACCCCAUAAUCCAGACACUCCCCAGCGUUCCUGCUUACCAGGGAUGGCUCCUGUUUCACGAUC